GACCGAGUCCUCUGCCUUCACAGCCGGUGGGAGACUUUAUACGCCGGUCUGGCUAACGGUACCGUGGUGACCUUUAACCUUAAGACAAACAAGCAGAUGGACGUGUUCGAGUGCCACGGGCCGCGCGCCGUCAGCUGUCUGGCCUCGUCGCAGGAGGGGGCCCGGAGGAUCCUGCUGGUCGGCUCCUACGACAACACGAUCAGCGUGAGGGCGGCCCACGACGGGCUGCUGCUGCGCACGCUGAAGGGCCACACCAAGAGCGUUCUCUGCAUGAAGGUGGUGAAUCCCAGACCGUCUGAUUUGAGAACCAAGACACGAAUGCGGUGGCGUUUCCUACUGUACGUUUUAAUCUGCGUGGAGUUACUCCUUGAUUUUUUUCUUUUGAAGGAACGUGUUAAAUCACACUGUUACGUGAACCUUGUUUAUCAAGAGUGAAGUGAGGUUGUGUUUUAUGUUUUUUUUUGUUUUGUUUUGUUUUUUUUUAUUUUGGUUUUGAAUCGGAGCAUUGAGCAGAAGGCAGUGGAGCUUUAUUUUCCACACCGGUGGUAGUUUUCUCAUGGAGUGUGGAUGUGAAAGGGUGUUGAGAGGAGGUGUUGGACGAAAGAACAAAGAAUAAAGUUUCAUCUCACAUGCCAAAUAGCCAAGUAACCGAUAGCAUAAAUCUGCAUUU